AUGGCCGUCCCCAAACUCCCGACCCGCAAACUCGGCAAGAACGGACCCGAGGUCACAGCUCUAGGCUUCGGCCUGAUGGGCCUGAGUGCCUUCUACGGCGCGCCCAAGCCUGACGAAGAGCGAUUCGCCCUGCUCGACCACGUGUACAAGUCCGGCGAACUGCUGUGGGACAGUGCCGACAUCUACGGCGACAGCGAGGAUUUGGUCGGACGAUGGUUCAAGCGGAACCCGGGCGCACGGGAGAAGAUCUUCCUCGCCACCAAGUUCGCCAACUACGUCGACCCCAAGACCGGGGAGAGAAGGAUCCGCAACGAGCCCGAAUACAUCAAGGCCGCGUGCGACAAGUCGUUGCAGAGACUCGGCGUGGACCAGAUCGAUUUGUACUACUGUCAUCGAAUCCAACAGGACCAACCGAUUGAGAUCACGGUCAAAGUGAUGAAGGAGUUGCAGGAUGCCGGCAAGGUCAAGUAUCUGGGUCUGAGCGAGUGCAGUGCCGCCACUCUGCGCAGGGCUUGCAAGGUGGUCCACAUCGAUGCUGUGCAGAUGGAAUACAGUCCCUUCUCCAUGGAGAUCGAGGACUACGGUCUGUUGCAGGCAUGCCGGGAACUCGGCGUGGCCAUGGUUGCAUACUCGCCCUUGGGUCGUGGGUUUCUGACAGGCAGCAUCAAAAGCCCCGAUGAUUUCGAAGACAACGACUUCCGCAAAUAUGCCCCCCGCUUCAGUCCGGAGAAUUUCCCCAAGAAUCUGAAAUUGGUCGACGAAAUCAAGGCUCUGGCGGAGGAGAAAGGCUGCACGCCCGGUCAAUUGGUGCUUGCGUUUUUGAUGGCUCAGGGAGACGACAUCAUCCCUAUUCCGGGGACGACCAAGACCAAGAACUUUGAUGAGAAUCUGGGAGCCCUGAACGUCAAGAUCACCAAGGAGGACAACGACAAGAUCCGCAAGGCUAUUAGUGCAACCGAAGUGCAUGGAGGGCGCUAUCCGGAGGCGUUCGCAAAGAAUUCCUUUGCCGACACUGUUCCGCUGAAGGAGUAG